UUCGCUAAACGCUUGCUGCCGCAAAAUGACAACUUUACUGAGAUUUCAAAGUUUAACGAAUGAAAUAUCUUCACAGUUGCAUUUUAUGCCAGCUGAAAUACAACACAACGGAUCAGCAAACGUGAAGUCAUAUUUUGAGUCAAAUAUUCGUAGAGAAUCCGACAACAAAGUGACUGCUAGUUUACGAGGAAGACCUCUUCAUGGAACAAAGUUUGAUCUGCCCUCAGGAUACACAGGUGUUGUAUUCAAUGAGACCAAAAAGCCAGUUACAGAGGAAGAGGACAGGGAACUGACGGCCACUCACAGUUUUGAUUCUUUUCACUACUGGAACCUGGACAGGGAGCCAAGUCAUGGAGAUAAACUUCACCAAGCCUUGACAUGGAUCGACAUUGCAAAAGCUUUACAUUCCCCUGUAGAUGCCAGUAUAACAGACAGUCAAGGAUCACUGAAGUCAGAGGUGUCGAUGUAAACGGUCUAAAUAGCCAUAUCUAUUAUGUUACUGAAGCAGGAGUACAAGAACUAUACGGUGUAAACAGUGUCCUGCAGAGGCACAUCUAUAAAAAUGGAUCAGUGUGAUCUUAGUCCCCCUUAAAUUGCUAAGCAGUAUUGAAAGAGCAGCUGUUGAGAACCUACCACAAGCUAGAUGCUGUAAUAUAGAAUAAAAACCAUUGAAUGUUCAAGGUUUUAAUGGACAUCGAUCUAAAAUAAUGUUUCUGAGUUUUAAUUUAGUUAGACAGAGAAUCAGAUUAUACACAGCAAUUUUCUUUACAGUUUACCAUUAGUGUUGGAUAUAUGUCUGCUAGAAUUGUACAGAUGAAUUACUUAGAAAGUACAUUAAUACAUGUUUUAACACUUAAGAAAUACAGCUGAUGUUUUAUAUUAAAACCUCUAGGAAUUAUCAAAUUAUUAUUGUUUGGAGAAGAAACAGCUAUUUUUAUGUCCCCAAAAGUGGGUGGGGCGGUGGGUACUCAGAUUUGCCUUUGCCAGUCUGUAUUUGUGUUGUGCAUAUCUCAGAAAGUUUUUAGCUUAAGAGUCAUCAAACCUCGGGAUUGUUUUUCAGCAUAUGCAGUAGUGCAUCUGGUGUUUUAACUGGGAUUUUACUCUGCCAGCCAGAGUUAUGUCCCUUGCCUUAGUCAGAAAUACGCAUACAGUGACAGGAGUGGGGGCACCAGUGUCCUAUAGACACAUGUAUAGUUUGACCGUUAAUUACCUUUUGUGUUCUUUAUUAAGCAGGAAACUAGCCAUAAAUAUAUAAUUAAUGUUUUGAUUGUUACUGUUAUAAGGAAUUAUGUCUGCAUUACUUUUACUUUGAGCUACCAAAUCUUUUUUAUUACAUAAAAAAAUGUUACAUCA